AAAUUUGUUAGUGUUUCGUACUAAUUAUUUUACAUUUUCCAAGAGCCUCUAUAGCUAUAUAAGCUAUGGCAUUAAAAACAGUUUUAAUAAUUUUUGUAUCUCUUGGGGCUUUGCUUGAAUUUGCCCAAGCUAUUUCUUGUCGUAUAGAUUACUGCGGUACAUUAUUUCAUUGCCCCACAGAAGUAGAAAUUUGCGAAGGUGAAAAUCAGUUUAUUGGAUGGGGCAAUUGGUGUGGUUGUUGCCAGGUUUGCUAUACACUUUUGGAAAAAAAUGAGAAUUGCAACUAUACAGAAUCACUAUUAUUUGGAGCUCCUCUACCUACCACGCUUUGCAAAGACGAUUUGAAAUGUAUCGAUGGCAUAUGCACAGAUCUAAGCACAGGCACAGACAAAGGCACAGACAUAGGCACAGCUGCCGCUACAGCCACAGGCAAGCAUAAGCAGAGGCGCAGGAAGAGGCUGGGGCAGAGGCAUCAGAGGCAGAGGCAAGCACAGGCACAGGCACAGGCACAGGCGCAGGGACAGGGACAGCCACGGCAACAGUAGGGACAGGGACAGUCAGACACGGGCGCAGUAUCGAAUACCGACUUCUUAUAUAUCCAGUAAACACAGUGAAAUACAUUAAUCGUAAAUUUUAUAUAACUAUUUGAGUCGCACAAUAUUUUCUGGUCACAAUAAAGUGAAAUUUUAAUAGAAAUAUAAUACAUAAUGCCUUACUUACACAACUACUUGUUAGAAUCAACUAUCUUUAUUAAGAAAAAGAGAAAAAGGUGUAAAAAUUAGACUUGGUGGAAAUAGUUUUGAAUAAUAUAAUAUUUCUCACUUUUUAACAGGAUGUCUACCAAGCCUUACCUACUUAUAACAAUAAUUCCUGCGUACUAAUGACCCUUCCAAAAAAG